AUGGUUUAUAAGAUUAUUUCUAAUUAGAUUGUUAAUACAACAAAUCCAAUUAUAUUAGAAAACUUAAAUUGUAAAGAGAAUAUUAUUAUUUAAUCAACUAAAUAGAUUGAAAAUAUGAAAAUGAUUAUCAAGAUAUAUUAAUUGAAAUGCAAUAAAAUAUUAUUGAUUAGGAAGAAUUAUUAGAGAAAAUAACUUGUUAAAUUAAGUUUUUCUUCUAUAAAGUUAUUUGCAAUGAUUUUGAAGAAGCAUGGUUUAAACUUGAAGAUUUAGAAAAAAAUAAAAAAUAAAUUGAAGAACUGA